AUGAGGGAGCCGGGGCCGCCUUCCCGGCAGCGGCAGAAGAUGGCGGCGGCCGCGGGCUGGGCGCUGCUGGCCCUGGCGCUGUGUCUGAGCGCGGCGGCCGCCACCGGCGGCUCCGAGGGGAAGCGGCCGCCCAAGAAGAAGGACAUUCGGGACUACAACGACGCGGACAUGGCCCGGCUGCUGGAGCAGUGGGAGAAAGAUGAUGACAUUGAGGAGGGAGAUCUCCCUGAACACAAGAGGCCUCCAGCACCAAUAGAUUUCUCAAAAAUAGAUCCAGGCAAGCCUGAAAGCAUCCUGAAGCUGACAAAGAAGGGGAAGACUUUGAUGAUGUUUGUCACAGUGUCAGGAGAUCCAACAGAAAAGGAGACAGAAGAAAUCACCAGCCUGUGGCAGGGCAGCCUCUUCAACGCAAACUACGACGUGCAAAGGUUUAUCGUUGGCUCCAAUCGAGCCAUCUUCAUGCUGCGGGAUGGUGGCUAUGCCUGGGAGAUCAAAGACUUCCUGAUCAGUCAGGAAAGGUGUGCAGAUGUUACUCUGGAAGGUCAGGUUUAUCCUGGCAAAGGAGCAGAUGGAAGUGAGAAAGUGAAAAACAAAACAAAACCUGAAAAAGCAAAGAAGAAAAAAGAAACAGAGAAGAAAUCCAACGGCGUCAAAGAGGACAACCGAGCCACCAACCAGAGAGAGGAGCUAUGACAGCCACGGUGCCCAGACUGAAUCCUGCUCUGCUGCUCCUCGAAGGGAAUCUGCUGAUGAGUCCUGGCUUUUGGGGAGGAAGGAAGCA